UUUGGAUUUGAUUAGCCUUCCACUGUUGAUAACGAAACAGAAUAGGAAUUGUUCACUACAAAAUAUUGACCCAAAGAUCGUUCUGAGGGUAGAGUAAAUAUUUUGUAUAAAAUAAUAAAAGCCAUGUUUUCUUCAAAGUUUUUACGAUUUUCUUCGGCAAAAAAGGCUUUUGGUUCGAAACCCUUGCAUAAUGGAUUCAGCAGAAGAUUCUUGCACGAUGAGGGUGACCUGGUUCAAGUAACUGAAAUCGAUGGAGUCAGGAGAAUAAGGAUGGUAGAUAACAAAACCAAAAAUUCCAUGUCACUGGAAAUGACAGCGGCCCUUGAUAGGAAUAUAACAACUGGAUUGCAUGAAAUCAGUCUCAGAUGUAUCGUAAUAUCUUCUUCAGCGUCGGUGUUCUCUUCGGGUCACAACCUCAAAGAAAUUGCGAACAGCGAAGGACGAAAAGUUUUUUAUACAUUUAGUGACCUUAUGAUGAAUAUGAUUAGAUGCCCAGUGCCAAUAAUUACUGUGGUUGACGGCUUAGCUGCUGCAGCUGGGUGCCAGUUGGUAGCACAGUCCGAUAUUGUCAUUGCAUCACCCAAUGCUAAAUUCUGCACACCAGGAGCAAGAGUAGGUGUAUUUUGCAACACUCCUGGUAUUGCUCUGGCAAGGGCUGUGCCACGCAAGUUGGCCACUUACAUGUUAUUCACAGGAAAUGCGAUCGAUGCUAAUCAAGCCCUCAGAAGCGGCCUUGUUUCAAUUGUUGCAAAAGAAGGCGAAUUAGAAAAUGAAGUGAAUAAUGUAACAAACGCAAUUAAAAGUCUAAGCCGAGUGAUUGUUCAACAUGGGAAACAAUUUUUUUAUAAACAAAUCGAUAUGACUACUGAAAAAGCAUACAAUAAGGGAGCUAAAUCCAUGGAUAUAGGGCUGAUGUUUUCUGACAGUACAGAAGGAUUGAAGAGUUUUUCAGAAAAAAGAAAACCUAACUGGAAGCAUUUGCAUUUUGAUUAAACACACAAUAUCAAUGAUAAAUCUGUUAACAAAGUGUAAAUACAUUAUUUUGAUAUAAAUAAAAAAAAUAAAACUUUUACCAUUUACUGGUAUAGAGUAGAGAAAACAUGUGACAACAAUAAUUUUGUAAUCUUUCAUUAAAUAAAAAUAUAUGUUACUGUUAA